UCUCCCGGUGAGCUCAGCUGGGAACGGGAGGGAAUAUACGAGCUUCAUUCUUCGCAACACGCAGUAAUAUGAACUCCCUAACGAUUCGUAUUUGUCGUUAUUGACGUAGUUGACGGAAACUGGUGCAAGUGGACAUUUUAAAGAGAGUUUCACACCUUGCCGAACAUAUGCUGCGAUGCCUCAGGUUGUUCUCGGCUGACCUGUCUCUGUGGGAACCAUGACAUCACAAAGGACAUCCAGAGACCUGCCCGAUGAACGUGGCUCACUCCCACUGGACAUCGAUGAUGUCCACAUACUACUGCAAGUUGAGCAGGAGCAAAUUCAGAAAAGAACCUUUACGAACUGGAUCAAUGCCCAGCUGUCUAAGAGGAGUCCCCCAGUUACAGUGGUGGAUCUUUUUAAUGAAUUCAGAGAUGGAAGCAGACUGUUGGACCUGCUGGAGGUGAUGAGUGGUCAGAGAAUGAGCCGGGAGAAAGGAAGGGGGACAUUUCAGCACCGAACAAACAUUGAGAAAGGUCUAGCUUUCCUUAAGAGGAAAUCGAUCAAACUGGUUAACAUCAAUGUCUCGGACAUCAUGGACGGGAAGCCUUCUAUUAUUCUGGGUCUUGUCUGGACCAUCAUCAUGCACAUUCAUAUUGAAGAGUUGGCCAGCACGUUGAACUUUAGUUCUCGUCAGUCGUCUCUGGAGUCACUGGCGAGUUUGGACACUCGUUCGACCAGCAGCAGUUCCCGUAGCAGUCCAGUGCCACCCCGUGGUUCGCCCCUGCACAGCCGUUUCCGCGUAUCUGCCAAGAAAGCCCUGCUGCUGUGGGUCAGAGAGCAGUGCCAGAGGGCUGGCUGUACUCUGAAUGUGAAGGAUUUUAAAGCGAGCUGGAGGAGUGGCGUAGUGUUUUUGGCGAUACUUCAUGCUCUAAGACCGAAUAUAGUGGACCUAACCAGAGCCCGAACAAGAACCAACAGACAGAAUCUGGAGGAAGCCUUCCACGUUGCUGAAAGAGAACUUCACAUCCCCAGACUACUAGAUCCAGCCGAUGUUGAUGUUAGGGAUCCUGAUGAAAAGUCUAUUAUGACUUAUGUUGCUCAGUUCCUGCAGUACUCUAAAGAUGCUUCUGUUUCUGACGAGGAAAUGCAGUAUCUCACUCCUCCUCAGCGCCUCUCUCCUGUCAAUCUGCCAUCAGACUUUACUCCUUCUAUAGCUGCGUCGCCUUUAAGACAGGUACACCUGUUAAUGCCCUGUCCAAUCAAAUCAGGCCCUCCCAAAUCACCUGAGACAGCUAUAGCAGCUGCCCCUGGGACCUCAGCCAAUCAGAAGGCUCAGGAGGUCACAUGCUGGUUGGAUCAGGCCUAUCAGGAGCUGAUAGAGGGGUGGGAAUCCACUGAAGGAGAGAGCUAUGCUGAGAGAUACCAAGUUUUCCACACCUUCAUUGUGUCCUUUAACGAGCAGCGACGGCCCGUAAUGCCGUUACUAACCGCAAUGAAGAGGACUCCUCAUCUCAGUGCAGAGCAGAAAGCUCUCAGACGAUCCUGGGACGCUCUCGCUGAAAAGCUGCGUGAGUAUAAAACAGAGCUGGACCUGAGCCUACCAUCCCCAUUGGACACCGUAGGCCGCUGGUUAUUGCGUAUUGAAGGCGUUCUAUCUGCCGAAGAGGGCGAGCCAACGGAUCAUGCCCGAGCUGCAGAGGAGGCACGGGAGAAACUCGAGCUACUAAAGGUGUGUUUGGAGGAGAUGCCACAUCAUAUCAAAAGGUUUAAUAUGUUCCAAAACACAAAUGAGUUUGGAGAGACUCUGGUGCCGACAGACAAGAUGGAAGAGAUGAAGAGAAGGUUCACCAGUGUCCGUGUAACGGCUAAAUACCAUGGUAUUAAGCUGGAGUACCAUGAGCGCAGACACAUAGUGUUAGACCUGCUGAAUCAACUCAACAUUAAACUGCGAUCAUGGAAAAGAGCCUACAUUUCCCAGGAGGCUGUUCGUGUGCUAAUGCAGGAUUGGAAUGAGACUGUGAACAAACAGGAACUGACAUCUUUGCUGGAUGGAGCCCUCCACAGACUUAAACUAAUUGCCAGCAAAUACACCAGCAAGGCUGCCUUGGCUGGAGACUCGACUCAGGUAAAUCGUCAGGUGGCUGAUCUGGAAGCAGAUGUGACAGCGACUCUUGAGGGUGUACGGAUGGUGAGGGGAACUAUGGGACGUGUGUUGGCAGCAUGGGACUCUUACAGUGAUAUCUACACCUCAUUGCGAGCAUGGCUGGAGCAGGGUCCACAUGGCCAUCGAUACGGGCAGAGAACAGAGGUGACAUUAUCAGCUAUGUCAGAGUGGAGUUCUCGCCAAACUCACCUGAAUGAGGUGGCCAACUACUUGACAGAAGUCACAGACCCACAGACUAGCCGUGCUAUUUCAGAUGAACUCUGCAAGAUAAAUCUGCUCUGGGCUGACUUUGCCAAAACAGCCCAGUUUUCUUUAGCUGAGGAGCCCAGUGCUGGCCCAUCCAGUCCUCAGGCAGUUCAGUCUCUGAUAAGGGAGGCCACUCAGUUACUGAAAGAACCUGUGGAAGUGGUUUCUGGAUCACUACGUACUUACACAAAGAGACUACAGCUUAUGAUGAAGAAAAUAAAGGAUGUGGAUCUAGAUGCCUUCUCCCCAUCUUUAGACUGCUCUCCAGAAACCCUGAGCAAACUUCAGCAAGCCAUUCCUGAAGUCUUGCAGACACUCUGUGAGGCUGAGCAGGUAUGUGAUGAGCUGCAUGUGAAUGUAAGCGGGUUGGACGGGCGUCUAGCUGAACUGUUACACUGGGAGAUGGAAGCCAGAGAGCUGUAUCAGCUCCUGAAGGAGGAAACACACAAGCAGAAGAGAGGACAAGACCCCAGAGCACGGCUGUUGAUAUCAAGGGGUCUACAGUUAGAGGGUCAGGUGGUUAUGGAGGAGCAGGAUCUGCAGGUGAUGGUCAUGACUAGUCAAAAGACUUCACCACUGCAGUAUCUCAUUGCAUCCACCAUGCAGGACAGAGUCCGCAAUGCUGUUGAAAAGUCACAGGAAGCCGUAGGGAUGCUCAGCUCUUUGGGGGCUUGCAGAGACAGAAGCCCUGUUAGAGACCAGCCCCCUUCCAAAAUCUUUGUCCAAUAUCAGCAGACAGAGGAAGAGUCCCAAACCCAGAAACCAUCCUUCCAGCCUGUCUGUCCAUCAGGAGCCACUGGCCAACCAGACCCUCAGCCUGUAGUCAGGGCCAAAGUCCCAAAACUUUCUCAAAUACCCUCAGAGGUAUCUUCUCAAGCUGUAGACCUCAAGACCCAGCCGAGUAGUCAGCCUGUGCCCAUGAUUGUUGUGCAAGACUAUGAAGAGGAGAAAAGUAGUCCGGAACCACAAAUGCAUCCCUCCGUGCAAGUGAAAGACUCUCAGUCCAUUGAAGUUAAGUCAGAGAAAGUUGUUCAUGCUCAAACAAAAAUCAGCAUAGAGCAUCAUGUAGAAAGCCAGAUGUCUUUACCACAACCCAUGACACAACAACAGACAGAAAACCAGCGGCAGGUGCAGGGUCCAGUAGCUAGCCAACCCUCACAGAACUUACAACAAGCAGAAUCACAAUUAGCAACACAGCCACAUGUGCACAUUCAGGAACAAGAGAAAACUCAGUUUGCAAAACAGCAGCAGGUUCAACCACAAGUACCAAUUCAGUCACAGCCUCAGGGCCAACUAGAAACACAAACACAGCAAGCUCCAAAGCAACAGAGGAAAGUAAGGAAAUCCCAGGCACAUCUGCAGAACAGACCUUGGCUUCAACAGAAGAGUCCAUUGAAAAGUGUUACCCAAAAACCAGCAUCACAGUUGGUGCAACAAUCUCAGUCAGAGCCUGAGGACAAAUGUCAGAUAAAUUCUCAAGCACCGACACAACAUACAGUGGCUGUCAGCUCACCUGAGGCUCAGGGACCUGCUCAAGGCACAGCACAGGCAAAAAGCAUUGCUGAGAGUGAUGAGAAACACCUGAAGGCAGCUCAGCCUGUUGCACAAGAGAAACAUCAUGUAGUAACAAAAAAACUAUCUCAAACUGUGCCAGCAGUUCCAGCACAACCAGCGAGUCAAAAACAACCACAACAGCCAACUCAAGCUCAAACAACUACAAAACAACUACAAGCUACUACACCCAUUAAGCAACAAAUGCAACCUCAAACACAGAUAGUGACAUCACAGCAACCUAAAAUGAUGAUGCAGAAACAGGCACAAUCUCAAUCCGUGACACCCGUGCAACCACAGGUUAUGACCCAAUGGCAGCCACAACAGGCUAUUGCUCAGCCUCAUCCUCCAGUGCCACAACCACAAAGAUUUCCAGUGGCCCAAACAAUGCCCCAAGGCAUUUCCAGACCAGUCCAACAGUACCCAACAUCUCCAGUUCAACCACAAAUAAUGAUGCAAAGACAACAGUCACCACAUGGUAUAGUGCACGCACAGUCCCAGCAACCCACAAUGCGCAAUCCGACUGUAAUUUCCCCUCAACCCAGAGGUGCAUCCCCCAUACAACCCCGAAUCAUCUCUAUGCUUCGACCCCAGAUGACUGUUCAAUCUCAAACCCAAACCCAGGUCAAAGCACAGGGAAGUGCACCACAUAUGAUUCAACCUCAGGGGCAACCCCAGUGGCGUCAACCAGGAGAGGUCGCCCAAACGUACCCCAAAGGAUCAAUUUCUGUUGCUGCCCAAAUGCAGCCUCUGGCCCAUUUCCAAACUCAUCCCCAACCCCAAAGUAUCCCUCCACCUCAACCUCAGCAGUGGCCACCAAUAAGACCAGGGAUGGUGACCCAGUCCUACCCCACUGUCCAAGUUCCAGAUCAGGUAGUCCAACCUCAACCUCAAAUGCCAGUUUACCCUAAAAUCCAGCCACAGUCACAGCCUCAGCAGUGGCCCUCCGCUAGACCUGAAUCACCUUGGAGUCAAUCACAGAUCAGACCCCAAAGUCCAGCUCAGCAUAUGGUUCCCUCUCAGCAAUGGAGGCCUGUCAGUCCAGUAUACCCCAGGGCUGAAACCCAAGGGCCUAAGGGACCACAUCCUCAGCCCCAGUAUCAAGCCCUACCAAGGCCACCAAGCCCUCAACGGCAGUGGGGUCCGGUCCAGCCAGAACAUCAGUUUCAAGUCUCUUCCCAGACUCUGUUCCAUGGUGUUCCACAGCCAGUAGCUCCAUGGAAUCAACCACCUGCUCAAGCUCCCAUAAGACCUCAGAGUCCACAGCAGCCUCAGCAAAAGUGGAGUUUAUCCAGCACAGAGGCUCAAUCUGAAACCCUCAUCCAAAGCCAAGCUCCCCAGACAGUGCUUGAGUCCCAAGAUCUGGAAAAGCCACAGUUACCAGUACAGGAACCACCCCAACAACAGUCAGCUCCUCGGGUUAAGCAGCCAACACUUGCCCAGGCUCCUCCUCAAGCCUACACCGAGGCUUAUAUAAAGGCACAGGCCCUGGUUAGAAAUAGAUUUGAGGAAGCCAAGCACUGUCUUCAGGAGCACAUUAUGGAAGCUAUCAAUGUAUUCAAGUACAAGAGAAUGACAGACGAACAAGCAUCAGUUAAGGAGGAGACACUUCGGACUCUGGACCCUGAACUUCUUGAAGAGUUUUUGAGGGCUGCAGAAGGGAUGGAAGCUUUCUGCACCCCAUCUGAACUUAGAGACAUGGAGUUUUUCACACAGUCUGUUAGAACACAGUGGAAGGAUGUUCGUGUGCAAAUGUCAGAAUUUUUGAAGCAACUCAGAUUUGAGUUAACACGCCUGCAUUUUAACCGUGUGGUUGAGACAUGUGAAAAACACUUUAAGAAGGAAAAACUCAACCUUAACCCUGAAUCUAUAUCAGAAUCAAAAGAAGAGGCUUGUUUGUCAGCAGAUGGUAGUCUGGCAGAGGCAGGACUACAGCUAGAAGCUCUGAAGGAGUUGUGUGAUACUCUGAGCCCUGAGGAUGCACACAGGCUUGCACAAGCCCAACUUAGAGAAUGUGAGAAACGGCUUGCUGCCAUCCAGCGGCAGUUCAGUGGAGACACAGAUACACCUUCUACAGAUAUUAGUUUACAAACAGAGCAAACAAAAGAACCACCCACUCAGAAAGCACCAACAGUCCUACCACCACCUGAGAAGCCCAAAGAGGUUAUUGUUUCUGAGGCUGUUACAGCGGUUAGCCCCCAGCGACUGAGAACUGUGGAGAAGAGAGAGAUAGUGAAACAAACGAGUACAGAAGAGGACAGGUAUCGCAGCUCCAGAUUUGCAUUACAAGCUCAGCUAAACAGAAAUGAGCAAUGCAUGCUUGGAGAUCAUACCUCAGAAUCCGUCACUCCGACAGACCUCCAGAAACGACUGAGAGAAUUAAAGUCUCUGUGGGACGAGACAGAGUCUCUGUGGAAAGAGUAUGAAGCGCUGUGUAUGCAAUGUGUUCAGUACAACGAACGACCCAUUGAACAGGACCGUAUGGAGCUCACUGUCAGGUGGAGAGAGCAGAGGUCACAGUUACAGGGCAGGGUGGAUUCACUGGGAGCAGCGCUUGAGCUCAUGGACUCUAUUAAGAUGAAGAUUUCUGAGAUUUCUGAAAGGCUGGACAAUUUCAUCAAAGAGCCCAAAGAUAUUAAGGGAUAUACGCUAGCUAAUCCUGCUAUUUUGAGAGAUGUGAAGGACUUAGAUGAAAGUAUCCAGACAGAAAUGGAUCGUCUGUCUCGAUUCGACUCUGAGCCCAGUCAUCUAGACCUGCGUGACCGAUCACCUCUGACCCAGGUGGUUUUGAACCACAGAUCCAGCCUUGAUAGGCUCAGGCAACAGGUGCGCAAGAGUGACGCCGCUGCCCGUGCCCUUGACCGUUUCCUCAUGUCUCUACGCACUGUGGAGCUCGAUGUCUCUUCUGUGCAAAGCGCCCCCAGCAAUGAUGCUGUGGUACUGCAGGACAGCAGGUCCAAGCUGUCACUUAUCAGAAAGGGAGUCAGCAGCCUCAAGGAUAAGGCUCCACAGCUGGACCAGCUUUUAGGUGGAGCACAGCUUGAAGUGACCCAGGAUGGGAGCCCUGUUUCCUGCUUGGACAUGGUGGGGGUACUGGUUCUCAGGGUGGAAGAGGCAGAUGAUAGGCUGAUGAUUCGACAGAAUGAGCUCCAGAAGGAACAGCAGAGCCAGGGUCUUGGCCUGAGGAAGAAGACUAUGCAGGCUGAGUUGAGGAAGGUGCUGACAGCAGCAGAAAAGCAGGGUCUAAAGGAUCCCACCAUGCCAGCUGUGCAGCACCGGAUGCGAGGGCUGUCCGAUCUGGAAUCGCAACUGAACUCUCUUCGCCCUGAAUACCAAAGCAUCAAGAAAGCUUUGUCGGAUCCAGCAAAUGAAGAGCUGGACUCCCUUUGGGAAGAGACUGAAAGAGCUGUGUCUGACAGACAAGAGCAAUGCACUGUUCUUAUGGAACUGCUGAAGAAAUUUCAGAACUGUCGCAGUUACCUGGGCAACACUCUUCAGAGAGCAGAGCAAACGAUCAAUGAGCAGGCAUCAUACAUGGGCAAAGACAACCUACAGCGACUCCUUGCAAAAGUCGCUGGCAUAAAGGAGGAUCUUAAUAGUCUUGGACCCAAGAUGGAAGAGUUCAGAGCUGUGUGCAGACAGUUGCAGUCCCAGCUGAAGAAAAUUCCUGAUUGCUCUGAAACUCCAUUCGAGACAGAGGCAGAUGCUUUGGUGGAUACGUGGCUGGAUGUGUCAGAGAAGACAGACAGUUACAUGGAUAAUCUGCGUGUUGGUCUGGAGUUGUGGGAGAAACAGCUGGUUCUGGGUGGAGAAGUGGACAGCUGGACGUCUACUAAACUCAUUAUCUUUUCAGAGUCUCACCCUUUCAGCAGUGAGACGGAGGUUGACAGCAUGAAGAAUGAGAUUCAGUGCCAGGAGAACAACCUUGAACACUUCCAUAGGAAGUUACAGGAGAUCCAGGAUCUGCUGCAGAGCAAAGAAUCUCCUCUUGAGUUACAGGUAAUGGAAACGAACCUGAGGAAGAAAAUGGAGCAGGUGAAGGAACUCUUCUCUGACUGCACUGAAGUGUUUGAGGAGCUCCUCACAGUUAAAGCUCAUCUCAUAGAAAAGAUUGACACCUAUCAAUCAUCUGUAAAGAAUAUACAGUCCUCAGUACACAUGAUCAGUUCAGAGGAUCGCGCAGAGCUGGAAGCGCAUUUGCAGGACUUGUGUGAGCAGCUUUUGGACCAGGAGGAGCAGGCUGAAACUUUGCUGAAAGAAAUCAAUCUUAUGUCCAGCAUUACUGGACCGCAGGCCUUGGAAGAGCUGACCAAUCACAGUAAGCAUCUCAAAGACAGCAUUGCGGAAACACGGGAGCUGAUUCGUCAGAAGAAGGAACAAGGAGAGAAAAGCUUUCUUCAGAUUGUUAAAGAAGAAUUCCAGUCAUUUGAGGAAUGGUUGCAAGAUGAGCAGCUCUCUGUGAAUGAGUGCUUUGAGAACCCUGAGAGGAAGCAGGAUGUAGAAACGUCCAUGCAGAGACUAACAAGUUUCCUGGCCUCUAAAGAAGGAGAGCAACGUCUAGGUCAGUUGAAGGAGAGGUUUGAGCAAGGUGGACAGGCAAAACUCCCUGCUGAGGCUCAAGCUUUGCUCUCCACAUGGCAUCAGGAACAGGAAGGAGAACUGGCCACACUCAGGGCUCACUGCCAGGGACGCCAUAAACAGCUAGAUGACAUCCUCCACAACCUCAACAGUUUGCAAGAGGAACAUAACCAUUUGAAGGACUGGCUGCAGCAGAGAAAGCAAGUGCCAGAACAGAGAGAAAAACUAAGGCAAAUCCAAGAGGAUUUUCUUAAAGAAAGUGGUCGUGUGGAGGCAUUCAAUGACCUGUUAUCUGCUGUAAGGAUGCGUGGCCUGAGGGGAGACCCUCUCCUAAGAGACAGCGAGACCCUGAUAGACCGAUACCACAGCCUGGGGAUUCUUUUGGAAAAUCAGGCAGAAGUCCACAAGACCCUUGAUGAUCAAAUCGAAACAUUCCAAACCAAUGCAGAACAGAUCAGAGCCUGGAUCAGAAAUUUAAAGCAAGGACUUGAGUACUUGGGGACAGAUACGCCAAUGCAAGAAAAACACACUAAGGCUCAGGCUGUUCUUAAUCUAAGUCCUGAGGGUGAUGCUAAAUAUGUGGCUCUGAAAGAAGAGAGUGAAGCUUUAUGUUCCUAUGAGAUUUUGGAGAACACCAGAAGACAGGAGCUCAAUCAGACCAUUGGAAACAUUGAAGAUGAGUGGAAAAGAGUUCUGGAUAUGGCUCAACAACUAAAACAUCAGGCAGAACUCCAAGACACUCUCUGUAGGGAACUAGAAGAUCUACAGGCCCAGGAAGAGAGCAUCCAAUCCUGGGUGAGAGAACAGCUGCAAAUGCUUCGCUCUUUGGGGAAGGACCUUCAACCACAUGAAAAACUUAACAAAGUGCAGGCUGUCAUAGACCUUGGUGAUGAAGCGGAUUCCAGAUUGGCCUGUUUACAGAGUCAAGGACAACGUUUAUGUUCUUAUAAAGAGCUUGAGAAUGAGAGGAGGAGCCACAUUGACCAAACCCAGAGAGCAGUAGAGGAGGAGUGGAGGAAAGUGCUACAACUUGCCCAGGAGCUUAAGAACCAGGUCAAGCUUGAGGAAUCUCUCUGCAGAGAGUUACAAAAUUUCUGUGAUCAGGGAGAGGACACUCAAUCCUGGAUUAGACAUCUCAGAGAAACCCUGGAUUCCCUUCGUGGGACAUCUUCCGUUCAAGAGAGGGUUAAUGGAAUUGAGGCUCUACUAGCUCAUAGAUCUGAGGGGGACUAUAAACUUUCUGACCUAAAGACCAAGGGAGAGAAUCUAUAUUCCUGUGAAGAUCUAGAGGAGGACAAACGUCAGACAAUCCACCACACAUUACAAAAUGUACAGCAAGAGUGGAUGGGAGUUUUGAUACAGGCUCAGGAACUGAAGAACCAAUCAGAAAUUGAGGAUUCUCUUUGUAAGGACCUUCAGGAUCUUCAAGAAGAGGAGGAGAGCACUCAAUCUUGGCUCAAAGAGCAGCAUCUGAAGAUCGAAUUCCUUGGUGAAGAGACUCAGUUACAAGAAAGAAUGAAUGGAGCUCAGGCCAUUCUGAACGCUGAAUCAGAGGGUGAUUACAAGCUAGCCAACCUGAGGAGGAAAGCAGAGGGCUUGUGCUCUCGAAAAGGCCUGGAGGAGAAAAGAAAACAGGAAAUCCAGCUGAACCUGAGAUCCAUUGAAGAAGAAUGGAAGAAGGUCCUGGUAAGUGCUCAAGAAUUGAAGAACGAGGCUGAGCUCCAGGAUUCUCUUGCAAGAGAGCUUCAGAAUGUCUAUACCCAAGAGGAGAGUACUUGGAACUGGGUGAAGAACCAGAGAGAUGGCCUGGACUCACUGGGAAAAAGCACUCAUGGCACACAGGAGCAGAUUGAGGAGAGACUACGCAAAGCACAAGCAAUUGUAAAUCUGCACUCUGAGGGCAACUCUAACAUUGCAGCCCUGAAAAGAACAGUAGACCAUCUUUUCACCCGUGAAGAUCUUGGUGAAGAUGCAAGACAUUUGUUCAUUAAGAAAAUAAAAAAUGUAGAGGAGGAGUGGAAGACAACACUGCAGCAAGCACAGGAACUGCAUAGUCUGCUGAAAAGUGUAGUGGAACGUCUGGUCUCCUGUCAGUGUCAGAAGGAACAGCUUCAGUCUCGUCUGGAGCAGGUGAAACAGCAAACAGCUGCGCUGCCGCGGCAUUUCCCCUGGCCUGGUUUAGGGGAUCGAAGGCACACAUUGGAGCAAGCCAAGAGUUUACUAGACCGUACCAGAGCCCUGACCCCAUCUCUGUCUGCUGUGCGAGCGCUCGGUAGGGAGAUGAGCCAGCUGACCCGUGAUUCCAGCUGGAUUGAUCCAUCCUGGGCCACCAUAGAGGAGUGCAUACCUGAGUUAAUCAAAGAACUGACGGAAUUUUGUGUAAAUCUCGAAGAGGAAAUCCGGAGAGAGCGAGUCUGUGCUCAGUUAGUUGAGCAGCACACUGUAGCACAGGAUUGGCUGAGAGAGCAAGUCAAAAAUUUCGGUGUUCUGCCCUCUGAACGUCAUGGGUUGCAAAGCUCUAUUAACACUCUUAAGGCUCUUCUUCAGACCAUAGACAGGGAGAAGAGAGAAAUGAAAGAACUGGAUGCUGUUAAAGAUUCCCUGUUAAAUCUUUGCACUCCAGGAGGUUGUGAUGCCCUGACCUUAGAGGUCAGCCAUCUUCAUGACCUCUGUGUGUCCUCGGAGAAAGAGAUGAGGGAACGGUUAGCUGUGUGUGAGGCCAGAUUGAGUGACAUUGACCUCAGGAUUGCUGGCAGGGCACAGAUUCUCAGGGAGCAAGCAGAGAGUCUCCUGGAUGAGCUGCGUGCUCAGGACCACACUUUAGGAUUUCUGGUGGGUAGCCAGAAUAUCAGCCAGCUACAGGAGAAUUGGCAUAGCUUCAAGACAUGUGAGAGAGACCUUGAAUCUUUAGAGGGCAAAGUUCGUGACCUUGGCCAGGCCCUCCUAAUGGUCCCACCAAAUGAGGAGCACCCUAGUGAUGUCAUUUGCACAGUGGACACGGUUACACAGCAGUAUUGCAGUCUGCGGUCGAAACUGUCGGAAAAGCAGAACGACUGCGCAGACAGCACUGUGCACUGUGUGAGACAAGCCUUACAAAACAUACAGUCAUGGAACCAGACAUAUGCAAAUCCUCCCUGCAGCUCACCCACAUCUAUGCAGGCUGUGAUUGAAGAAGGCGUGGGACUGCGUAAAAGCCUGCAGGUGGCUCUGUCACAUAAAGAACUGCUGAGGGAAUGUCUGGGCCCUGACUUGGCUGGCAAACUCGAAAGAGAUGGAACGAAAGCACUAAACGAAACUGACACUCAGAUGAAUGACCUUAAACGGGAGCUUAAGAAUCUAGAGGAAAAGGUGAAGCAGGAAGCUGAGAGGUUGUCACUGGAAGCUCAAAGCAUUCAGCUGGAUUCACAGGUUUCUGCUGUGGCACCAUCAACGAAUGAGUCUGAACAGUUGGAAUUUGUUCCUUCUUCAUCACUUAUCACGGAGAGGUUUGAAAUUACAGAUGACACUGAAGAGUCUAAGGUACAGCCAUCUGAAAACCUUGACAAUGAGAUCUCUCUAUGUGUAAUCUCAAAACAUACUGAAACAGAAAUUCACACUGCAAGAAAAUCAACACCAACAUUAGCGACUGACACUGAACAGACUGAUGUCAAAACAACUGUAACAAUUACCACAGAGAUGCUGCCUGAACCAGUAGCAAGAGUAUGUGAACCUGCUGUUCCUACAAGCAGCCAUGAUGCAAAUGAAACUGAAAAGCAGAAGUUUGUUUCUGUUGGUUUGGAAACAAAACCUGAUAAUGAUGAAAAGAUGCCCAUUUCCUCAUCUCCAGUCGUCCACAGCUUGGAAACCACAGUGCAAGGCACAGAUGUGGAAUUCCACAGCACUGAGGGACAAGAAAGUCAGCUGUCUAUUGUUGUUGUGUGUUCAGACUCUAUUGCUGAUAGAGUGGAGGGUGAGAAAAUUGAAGCAGUGACUGCAGAGCCAGAUAAAGAGAAAGAUGAACCAUAUAUUUCACAUUCUCAAGAGGAACCUUUUGGAGAAAGUGAAGCACAAACCAAAAAGGUUGCUGCAUUCAUUUUAGAUUUAGAUACAGUGCACAUAGAGGGUGUGGACACACCCUCCCACACACCCACAGAUCAUGCAACAGUGAAGGCGACACUCAGCAAACAAGAUAAUGAAGCACUGUCCCCUCCAGAAGCUAUUUCUGAAGUAGCCACAGAACCAACUGGCAUCCUGUCUUCUCUUAAUGAGCCAAGUAUGCUGAAUGUUUUAGAAACUAGUUCAACAAUAGAACCAGAACAGUCAGAGCUCAUCGAUAUAGACACUAAUGGACCAGUGCAAAAAACAGCAGGUCCACUAGCUGAAACACAAGGUAGUGGAGACUCUGCUUCCAGAGGUGUUGGAACAUUUUCUUGGAACAAUGGACCAAAUGCUGCAAUUGCUGACAGAGAGAGCAACUGGACUACAAAUAAUGGUCCGCGUGAAAUCCAACGGCGAUAUAUUAUUCUAGACUUCCCUGAGGAGGUGGAAAUGCAGAGACAUCAUGCUCAUGAAGCUACUCUUUUCAGGGAACCCAGUGAGACACAGAUUCAGGGAUUAGAAAGUUCAGUGUCAGAAAGAAUGGAGACAGAAUGUGAUGCUAAAACAGAAACAGGGGUUAUAACCAGCACAAACAGAGGUUUAGAAGCAUCAGAACAAUCUGAACUGGUUGAAGCAAACCAAAACCUACCAUCAAGGCAAGUUGGAGACGUCAUGCAUUUCAUUGUAGAAGAAGAUACAAAGAAGACCCCAUCAGGUAAUAAAACACAGUUAAUAGAAUCUGAUCUUAAAAAUGAGGUAGAAACUGAGGUCCAAACAAAGAAAGUGCAUGUCUCAACAACAGUAGAGGAGAAACCUGAAGGUGAAGAAACCAUUGAAGCACAAUCCAAAGAAAGUCAACCUAAACUGACACCUUCAAUCAAGCUUCUGAUUGACUGGGACACUGAGAUACAACCUGAAAGAAUAAUUGGGUCACUGACACCAGAGGAGAAACCUGAAGUUGGAGAGGCCACAGAUAUCAUUGUAGAAGAAGAGAUGGACAAGACCCCAUCAGGUGAAAAAGCACAAUUUAUAGAAUCUGAACCAAAAAUGAUGCCACCAGUCAGGCGAGGAAAUGACAGUAAAACUGAUGCCCAGUCAAACAAGGUAAAUGUCUCAACACAAAAAGAGACAGCUGAAGAUGAAGAGGCCAUGGAAGUCAUUGCAGAAGAGACAAAGACAACCCCAUCAGAUGAUAAAGCACAGUGCAUAGAGGCUAAAUCUGAACUGACACCUUCAAUCAACCAACAGAAUGACCAGAAAACUGAAGUCCAGUCAGAGAAGGUGGAUGUAUUUCCAGAGAAGAAAACUGAAUGUGAAGAAGCCAUGCAUGUCAGUGAUGAACAGAAUGACUUGGACACUGAGGUUCAAUCUGAAAGAAUUAAUGUCUUACUGACACCAGAGGAAAAACAUGAAGGUGGAGACACCGCAUAUGUCAUUGUAGAAGAAGAGACAACCAAGACCCCAUCGGAUGAAAAAGCACAUUCUAUAGAAGCCGAAACUAAACCAACGGCACCAGUCAGAAGACGAAAUGAGGGUGAAACUAAGGUCCAAGUAGACAAGUUGGAUGUGACACCAACACCUCCCACCAGACGACGUAAAGAUGAUAGGUUAUCUUUAAAUAUUGAAUCACAGAUAGAAGGAGAAGUUCUUCCCACCCCACCAAGCAGAAGACGUAGAGAGAAAAUGGGAAGUGAGAGGUUUUCACUUGAUAUAGAGUUCCAACCUACACCACCGGCAAGACGACGUAAAGAAAAAGAAGAUAGUAGUUUAUCCCUCAAUCUGGAGACCCUACCCACACCACCAGCAAGACGGCGUAAAGAAAAAGAAGGUAGUACUUUAUCGCUCAAUCUGGAGACCCUACCCACACCACCAGCAAGACGUCGUAAAGAAAAAGAAGAUAGAAGAUUAUCGCUCAAUCUGGACACCCAACCCACUCCACCAGCAAGACGACGUAAAGAAAAAGAAGAUAGUAGUUUAUCACUCAAUCUGGACACUCAACCAACACCACCAGCAAGACGGCGUAAAGAAAAAGAAGAUAGUAGAUUAUCGCUUGAUCUGGAGACCCAACCAACACCACCAGCAAGACGACGUAAAGAGAAAGGUGAAGAUGAAAGAUUAUCAGUUGAUCUGGAGCCUCAACCAACUCCACCAUCAAGAAGACACAAGGAUAAGCCAGAGAGUGACGUGUUAUUUUACAGUGCUGAAUUAGAAAAAAGUGAUAAUCAGCAAAACAGGGAACAUAAAGACAGAGAAGAGGGCACUGUUAAACCAACUCCACCAGUCAGACGCAAAAUUAGUCAGGUAGAAAGCAAUGUGACAGUUUGCAAAAACCAAGAAGAGAAAGAGACUUUUAUGAAACCCACACCACCAACAAGAAGAAAAGAUAGCAAAGUUGAGGAAAUCAUCGCAGGUGCUUCUAAACUCAAAGAAGAUAUAAGCAUACAUAAACCAGCUCCACCUCUGAGGCGAAAAGACAGCCGAGCAGAAACUGAGAUGGUUUCAAGCACUCCUAAAAGUCAACCUGAGGAAGUCCUACCAACUCCACCAACCAGGCAAAAGAAAGAUCAAGUAGAAACUGAAAGAGUUUCAUUAAUGCUAGAUGAACCACAGGUCAUACCAACUCCAACAACCAGCAACAAAGAAAGUUCAGGGAAUGAAAAGGUUUCUGUACUUGAAGUGAAAACAAUAACUAAACAGGAAGAUAAAGAGGGGUGUGACACAAAGACAUUGUUUGGUCAAGAGCAGCAAAAGGAGGAGCAGGACUCUGAUACCUUGGCUCCUAAAAGUCAACCUCAGGAAGCCCUACCAACUCCACCAAGCAGGCGAAAGAAAGAUCAAAUAGAAGCUGACAGAAUUCCAUUAAUUCCAGAACAGCCACAGAUCAUAUCAGCUCCAACAACCAGUGAUAAAGAAAGUUCAGGGAAUGAAAAGGUUUCUGUACUUGAAUUAAAGACUGAUCUUGAGACAAUAACUAAACAGGAAGAUAAAGAAGAGUGUGACACAACAUUAUUGGUUGGUCAGGAGCAGCAGAAGGAGAAGGACUCUAAUAUCUUGGCUCCUAAAAGGCAACCUGAGGAAGUCCUACCAACUCCACCAACCAGGCGAAAGAAAGAUCAAGUAGAAGCUGAUAAAGCUCCAUCAAUGCCAGAAGAGACACAGAUAAAACCAACUCCAGCAACCAGUGACAAAGAAAGUUCAGGUAAAGAAAAGGUUUCUGUGAGUUCAAGACUGAAAGUAGAAACUGAUGUUGAAGCAAUAACUAAACAGGAAGAUAAAGAGGAGUGUUACACAAAGUCACUGGUUGCUCAGGAGCAGCAAAAGGAGGGGCAGGACUCUGGUACUUGGGCUCUUAAAAGUCAGCCUGAGGAAGUCCUACCAACUCCACCAACCAGGCGAAAGAAAAAUCAAGAAGAAGGUGAAAGAGUUCCAUUAACGCCAGAAGCGCCACCAGUCAUCCCAACUCCAACAACCAGCGACAAAGAAACUUCAGAGAAUGAAAAGGUUUCUGUGAGUUCAAAACUAGAAGUAGAAACUGAUGUUGCAGAAAUAACUAAACAGGAAGAUAAAGAGGAGUGUGACACAAAGUCACUUGCUCAGGAGGAGCAAAAGGAGGGGCAGGACUCUGGUUCUUUGGCUCUUAAAAGUCAACCUGAGGAAGUCCUACCAACUCCACCAACCAGGCGAAAGAAAAAUCAAGAAGAAGGUGAAAGAGUUCCAUUAACGCCAGAAGCGCCACCAGUCAUCCCAACUCCAACAACCAGCGACAAAGAAACUUCAGAGAAUGAAAAGGUUUCUGUGAGUUCAAAACUAGAAGUAGAAACUGAUGUUGCAGAAAUAACUAAACAGGAAGAUAAAGAGGAGUGUGACACAAAGUCACUUGCUCAGGAGGAGCAAAAGGAGGGGCAGGACUCUGGUUCUUUGGCUCUUAAAAGUCAACCUGAGGAAGUCCUACCAACUCCACCAACCAGGCGAAAGAAACAUCAAGGAGAAGGUGAAAGAGUUCCAUUAUUGCCAGAAGCGCUACCGGUCAUCCCAACUCCAGCAACCAGCGACAAAGAAAGUACAGGGAAUGAAAAGGUUUCUGUACUUGAAGUGGAAACUGAUGUUGGGGCAAUAACUAAACAGAAAGAUAAAGAGGAGUGGGUCACAAAGUCAUUGGUUGGUCAGGAGCAGCAAGAGGAUGGGCAGGACUCUGAUACCUUGGCUCCUAAAUGUCAACCUGAGGAAGUCCUACCAACUCCACCAACCAGGCAAAAGAAAGAACAAAUAGAAACCGAUGGAGUUCCUUUAAUGCCAGAAGAGCCACCGAUCAUACCAACUCCAGCAACCAGCAACAAAGAAAGUUCAGGGAAUGAAAAGGUUUCUGUACUUGAAGUGGAAACUGAUGUUGGGGCAAUAACUAAACAGAAAGAUAAAGAGGAGUGUGUCACAAAGUCAUUGGAUGGUCAGGAGCAGCAAAAGGACAGGCAGGACUCUGAUACCUUGGCUCCUAAAUGUCAACCUGAGGAAGUCCUACCAACUCCACCAACCAGGCAAAAGAAAGAACAAAUAGAAACCGAUGGAGUUCCUUUAAUGCCAGAAGAGCCACCGAUCAUACCAACUCCAGCAACCAGCAACAAAGAAAGUUCAGGGAAUGAAAAGGUUUCUGUACUUGAAGUGGAAACUGAUGUUGGGGCAAUAACUAAACAGAAAGAUAAAGAGGAGUGUGUCACAAAGUCAUUGGAUGGUCAGGAGCAGCAAAAGGACAGGCAGGACUCUGAUACCUUGGCUCCUAAAAGACAACCUGAGAAAGUCCUACCAACUCCACCAAGCAGGCGAAAGAAAGAUCAAAUAGAAGCUGAUAGAGCUUCAUCAAUGCCAGAAGAGCCACAGAUCAUACCAACUCCAGCCACCAGCGACAAAGGAACUUUAGGGAAUAAAAAGGUUUUUGUACUUGAAGUGGAAACUGAUGUUGAGGCAAUACCUAAAGAGGAAGAUAAAGAGGAGUUUGACACAAAGUCAUUGGUUGGUCAGGAGCAGCAAAAAGAGGGGCAGGACUUUGAUACCUUGGCUCCUAAAAGUCAACCUGAGGAAGUCCUGCCAACUCCACCAUCCAGGCGAAAGAAAGAUCAAACAGAAGCCGACAGAGUUCCAUUAAUGCCAGAAAAGCCACAAGUCAUACCAACUCCAACAACCAGCAACAAAGAAAGUUCAGGGAAUGAAAAGGUUUCUGUACUUGAAGUUGAAACUGAUGUUGAGACAAUAACUAAACAGCAAGAUAAAGAAGCGCAUGUCACAAAGUCAUUGGUUGGUCAGGAGCAGCAAAAGGAGGGGCAGGACUCUGAUACCUUGGUACCUAAAAGUCAACCUGAGGAAGUCCUACCAACUCCACCAACUAGGCAAAAGAAAGAUCAAAUAGAGGCUGAUAAAGUUCCAUUGAUGCUAGAUGAGCCACAGGUCAUACCAACUCCAACAACCAGUGACAAAGAAAGUUCGGGGAAUGAAAAGGUUUCUGUACUUGAGGUGGAAACUGAUGUUGAGGAAAUAGCUAAACAGGAAGAUAAAGAGGAGUAUGACACAAAGUCAUUGGUGGGUCAGGAGCAGCAAAAGGAGGGGAAGGACUCUGAUACCUUGGUCCCAGAACCCAGUGUAAUCAGUCACACAGAGAGCAUCAGUGUGAUGCAGGAUCAAGAUGUGGAUGUGUCUCCCCAAGUUGUUCUUGGGCCUGAAACCACUGAGAUUCAAGUAGAGGAAGAGUGGGAGCCAGAGGGACCCACAAUGAAGGAUAUCUUCAUGGAGAUCAAAAAAAUGACUGAAAAGGGGCCAAAAAGUGUUCUCAUGGAGGGUAUGCCACAUGAAAGUACCAAGAAACUUCUUGACACUUCUAGCACUGAUCUUGAAGCUCGGUUAAAAAGACUAGUGUUCCAUUUACUGGACCUUCGAACUUGCCCAGCUGCUCUGAACUCCAUAGACAUGGCCAAACAACUGGAGCAGGCUGAGGAAUGUAGAAGAUGUGCCCAGAGCCAGGUGUCUAUGCUGUCUAGGCAAGGCCAGACUAAUGGAGACAUUGGAAGUGGCACUAAUGGCACAGUUCAUGAGACUGAAGGCAUGCAACAGCUGAGUGCCCAGUGGAGUGCAGCUUUGUGGGAUGCAGCAAGCUCUGUUCACUCCAAGGAAGCUCAACUACAGAUGGUUGCAGAUUUCGACAGACAGAACCAGAAAGUCAAAGCUAUUUUGGAGAGUCUCAAAAUUCAGCGUCUGACACUGAGAGCCUCUCCAGCUGUGAGCAGUUUUUCUGAGGAGGAAAGGUUGCGCUCUUUCUUGAGAAACAUGGAGCAGGAAAGAACAGCUCUCGGUGAGUUAAUUCAGAUUCAUGCAAAACUGUCCCCCCACCUCAGUGUGCCUGAAAGACAAGCAGUGGAAAUACAGCAAAACAACUUGCAAAGCCAGUGGAGGGCACUGAAGAAGGAUGCAGAGAUUGCUCUUAAUAUGGUUAAUGUUUAUGCUAAGGAAAGCAGCAGCCUUAUCCAAGAGAUCAGUUCCUUAAAAGACCAUCUCGAGAACAUUCAGAAGACCUUGGAUGCAUUGAAAUCCUCACCAGUUUUAUGGGAUGGCAAGAGAGCUCAAGAGGUUAUGAAUUUAAAUGCCGAUCUCACUUCCACCCAUCAGCAUUACCUCUACCUUCAGCAGACCUCUGAGGCACUUGCCCAGGAAUUCCAAUUUGAGGCAGAGACAUCCAGCAUAGAGCAGGACCUUCAGCUUAUAAAAGAUCAGCUGGAUCAGAUGGGUGAGCAGUUAGCAGCUGCAACUCCUAGUAGCAGCAACCCAACAUUAAGUAAAAUCGUAAAGGUGAUAACAGAUGCUCUGGCUUGGGCCAAGCAGACAGAAUGUGAUGUCAAAGGACGACAGAAAAAAGUGUCUUUGCUUCCAGAAGAGGUCCAUCGACAGAUUAAAGAUUUGAAGAAACUGCAGUCUGAAAUGAGCUCCAAGCAAUCCCAGCUGAAAGCAUUGGUUGAGGAAGUCACCAUGCUGAUUUGUGACUUAGAUGAGGCUGAUGUUUCGAUGGUAACCUCAUCUUUGAAGGUUCUAGAGAAUUUGUCCAAGUCAACAGCGGGAAAACUGGCUGAGGCAGUUCGCAAGAUGGAGUCAGGACUUCAGACCCGGGAGAAGAUGUCAGAGCAGAUAGCAGAUGUUGAUUCCUGGGUGGUUGGACAUCUCCAGAAAGAAGCUUUGAGGAGAGAGGAUUAUCAAAGUUUAAAUUUGGCUGACCUGGAUCGCAGGUUGAGGCAGAUCCAGGACAUUCUUGGAGAGGCCGAAAAGCAGACUGCUGUCACUGAAGCCCUUCUGAUGAAAAGCAGAGACAUUGCAUCAGAGCUAAGCGUCUCAGAGAGUGCUCAGCUCUAUGAGAAACUCAGCAACCUUCAAGAGGACAUCAAGGGUAUUGUUAUCUAUGAGAAAGCAUGUUCUCAGAAAAUUACGGAUGUCAUACAGAACCAGGAAUCCUCUCGGAGGAAGGUGUCAUCUCUUGAGAACAGCUUGAGACAAAUGUUAGUUGAAGUAAAAAGACACAGGUUUCCUGUUACCAAGGACACCCUCUCUGUUAUCGAACCCUUCAAACAGAUGCUUGUGGAGCGCAAAUCUCAGGUUGAGCAGGUCAGUCCUUGUGCAGAGGAUAAGCGAAGAGAGCUGUUGUGUGUUAUUAUUGAACUGUAUCACAAAAUGAUUUAUUUGGAUCUCAAAUCACAAGCUCAUGAAAGGUACUUGAGCCUCAGUCGAUGCCUUGAAGAUGUCAAGGAGGAAAUGGAGGCUCAGAUCCCAAAGACCAAAGAUGAGAGCAUCAGCAAAGAGGAACGCUACAGAGCCUGUCAGGCCUUACUGAUCCAAAUCUCUUUAAUAAAACUCUUGUGUGAGGAAACAAUGGAUGAACUGCAGGAAAUCACAGCAGAUCUAUAUCCAUCUCAAAUCUCUGCUGAGCAAACAAGGUUCCAACAAAUCCUGGAAAGUCUCAAAACCUCAGAAAUGGCAGUGAAUAAUAAUCUUCAGAUAUUGGAAAGGGAUCUGCUAAAACAUAUUCACUAUCCGUCAGAAAGAAGAGUACUUCAGAAAUUCCUCAAAGACACUAAGGAGGAGCUGGAAAAGCCUUGUAGGGUUGACCCAAAAGAGGCAGUGAUUGAAAAACAACUAAGGAAAUGCCUUGUGCUCAGAAAGAGCAUAGAAUCUAGAAUGCGAGUGCUUGAGUUUCUCGAAAAAAAGACAGGAGAUCAACCUCCACAAGACUCCAAACAGCUUACUUGCUUGAAGGAUAUGGUUUUGGAAAAGUGUGAUCAACAAAUGGAGAGCCUAACUAAAGCUAAAGAACUGUUGAGGAACUACACCAAAGCAGUGAUUGAUACCAUUCGGCUCCUCCAAAGAGCUGCAUUAGUUCUCCUUCCCUCAAUCUGCUCUGCUAGAAGCUGCUCAGAAAGACUCAAAGACGCACAGCACACCUUACUGAACCUGGACACAGAGUUCCAGUCACAUGUUUCACAGCUUGAAGCCCCACAACAUCCCUGCUUCAAGCCACAGCAGAUUGAAUUUCUACACACUGAGGUUCUAGGCAAGCUCCUCGUCAGGUUAUCGACCCUCAAGGCUCAGGCUCAAAUUCAUGUGGAAUCUUUGAAGAGGUGUGUUGAGUGCCAGAAACAUUCUCGUAAAUGCUACGAGGAACUCUGCCAGCAAGUAAGAGACUUAGAAACAUUGCUGUCACAGUGUGCUUCCAAAAAAAUGACUUCACACAAAGACUGCAAAGACCAGCAAGAGAAUCUCAAGGCUCUAGUGGAAGAUGUUACCAUGCUUCCUGGAAAACUGGAGCAUCUGAGAGAGUGGUGUUCACUGUACGGGUGCAGAGCAAACAGGGAGGAUGCCGUGAGCGCUAUCUGGGGUCAGGUGGCAAGACUGCAGCGCUGUGGCAAUGAUCUGCAGACACGCUCAGAACAAAUGGAAGCAGAGUGGAGCAGUGUCACAAGGAGUGUGGGGCAGGCAGCCACUGUGUUGGAACAGGUGGAUGCGGAACUUCCAGAUAGCAGCAGAGAGAAUCUGACUAGCAAUGAGCUGCAGGAACUGCUGCUAUUCUGGUCCCAGUACCAGGACAGACUGGACUGUGAACACAGAGCUCUCUCUGCCUUGGAAUUAAGAGCUGCAAGGUUGCUUGGUGUUCCCCCUCACCUGGAACAGGCCCCACCCAUCGAGCUGUGCCAAGAGCUUCGAACCUUGCAAGAGCGUUACCAUAGUCUAAAGGAACGGAGCUCUCAGGGUCUGAGAGCAGUAAGAACAGAGGUGGAGGAGAGGGAACGAGUGCAGGAGCAGCUGGAGGGAGUCAGAGAAUGGCUGGAAUCUGCUGUCUCUCUCCUCGCUGUACUGGAGCAUGAGCCCAGCAAGAAACAACUACAGGAGGUUCACUCACAGCUGUGUACCCAGAAGGCCAUUCUGCAGCGUAUUUCAGAAAGCCUGAAGAUGAUGUACUCUGACAAAAACACAUCAAUUCCAGAAGAGAUAGAGGGACUGUUACAGGAAGUCUCACAGUCAUUACAGGAAGUGGAGGAACAGGUGAAGACAGCUGUGGAGAAAAGUGGCCCACUUCACAGGCUGGGUGCUAAAAUCUCAGAGAUUAAAGCAGGUCUGGGAUCAGUUCAAAGCUGGUUAGACCAGAAGAGCCUGAACUUCACUGAAGCUGAGAGCACACAGAAGCGAGUGUGGGAUGAGUUGGACGGUUUACACACUCAAAUGGCAGCAGUCGAGGUGGAGCUACAGGAUGUGAGUGAAAUGCAUCCAGACGAGACCCGCCUGCUAUUAGACAACCUGGCCAACACUCAGCAGACCCACACACGCCUCACCAAACAGGCCGAACAGAGGACCACCUUCCUCAGCAAGGUCCGUGGGUGGCUGCAGGAGCAUAAGGAGAUGGUGAAGGGGUCACAGAGCUGGAUCGCAGAGGCUCAGUCUUGGCUUACGACACCCUGCACAUACACCACUGCCAGAUGCCUGGACAGUCAUGUGAAUGCACUUCAGAUGGUUCUGGAUGAUUCUGCUCAAAUGAGACGGACUCUGCAGGGUUUCGGAAGUGUGCUGACAGAGAUGGGAAGUGUGUUUGAUGUCAGUCCAUUAGAGGAACAGCUCUCAAAUGCCGAUCGACGUGUGGCAGACAUGCAGCACAACCUGCUGGGACCCCUUUCACAGCUGGAACAUGCAGCAGCAGAAGUGGAUGCUAUUGAGUCAGAGGUGAAGGUCAUGGAGAAAGAUGUGGUCAAAAUCAAAUCUACUCUGACUACUAAAGAAGACAUCAGUCAGGAUUGUCUGAAGGCAACAGAAGACAGGAUUGACUUAAUGAAAAGAACAGUUGCUGAAAUUCAGAACUGUAAAGAUGGUCUUUGUCUUCCUGACGAAGCUGAAAACACACUUCUGGUGUUCAAGAAAGCAGAACUACUACAGCAACAACUGCUGGAACUUGAGCAGCUGGCACAAGAAUACUCGAUAGAGGUACAGGAGACAUCUGUCACGCCCCUUACUUCCCCACUCCUCAGUGUCCCACCUACAAUCACUGAGGAAGAGACACAGGAGAGUGGUCAUAUUCAGAUUGUGCACGUAGAGGAGGACGCCUUGAAAAAGUCAGGAGCAACACUGAUGACGGUGGCGCAAUCCACACCAGAGCAGAGACUCACCUGGAUCUCUGAUAGAAGCAGCAACACCCUCACAGAAGAACAGCAGGAGUCCAAGAAAGAGGAGGAGCUCUAUGAGGAAUCAGAAGGUGAGGAGGAAGAUGAAAACGCUUCUGAUGAAGACAAUGAAGAUUAUGAAGACUGCAUUAAAAAUGAGGAUGAGGAGGCAAGAGGAAGGUCACCCACCUCUCUGAAUUUUGAGGCUUCCGCCAGCGUGACUAUGGAGGAUGCUGUUUCUGAAGACGUAGUUUCGUCGACUGAACAGAUUUUGGAGCAAGCAGAAUCAUCAGACUCAAAGGUAGAAGCAGAUACAUCUGUGGCCUCGGGAACAGGUGUGUCCGAAGCUUUAUCUGAAGCGGAUGCCACAGUGGAAAGCCAGUCUCUCCCUGCAGACAUGGACCAGGGUGCAUGGAGGGGGGAACAGACGCCACACACCAAUGACACACUUAAACUGACACACAUCACACUCAUAGACAACACAAAGAAACUUUCAGAGUCACAAUCCCCACCCACAGUAAUGCAAGACUCACCUAAUGUCAUGACCUCUGAGAAAGAGCUGAGUAAUUACUUAGAACAAAUUGUGGAAGUUUCAGAAAUACAUUCCACACUCAGUCAACAGGCUUGCUUAGAGAAAAGCCCCUUUGCGCCUCAGAGCCUGAGCUCCACAAAUACACCAUCAGCCAAACCACCAGAGCAACAUUUACACAUUUCAUCAAAUGCAGAAGACCAUAGGUUAGACAGCAGAAGCACACAUGACACACACACAUCAUUUACAGUCAAGCCUUGCCUGGAGAAGACAGAGCCAGUGGCUGCAAGUGCAUCUUUGGCCACAGGUGAAGCCGGGGACUCAGGUGGAUGCUUGUCUGGUGACAGGCUGCUCCAUGCCUGCCGUGAGAGGGCCGAGCAGCUGGAGGUGUGUCUGGAAAGAGCACAGGUCAGCCUGGAGGGGUCAAGACAGCAGGCACAGGACAUAGCCAUGCAGCACUGCAUUGAACAACACCUUCUCAACUGCCAGACAAUUCUGGUGGAGAUUGAACAGAGGGUCUCCAGUCUUCCUGUGUGUGGAUUGAAAGAACAGGAGCAGCGUGAGGUUGAAUCGCUCAACACCAAACUCCAACUGCUGAAGAACAGACUGGUGACGGUCCAAUUACAGCUGCAAGAGAGACACGGCGAAGAUCAGGUGCAGGUUGAGAGUCAGCGCCCCCUGCAGGCCAGGUUGACGCGCAGCAGCAGUGUGCAGGAGAUGUUGAGUUCUUCCAGAACUAAACUGUUCAGACAGAACAGCCUUCAACAACAAAGGGAAUUGGAGCAUGGUUUGAAUGAACAGAGGGAUCUAACUAAAGCCAUCGCAAUUCAAGGCAGCAGAGCCCAAACACACAGCCAGAGCACAGACGAACAUGCGGGCCCCUCACCAGCCAAUGAAGACAAGAGACAGGAAGCAGAGUUAGCAGUCCACAGGAAGUGGACACAUCUCUGCAGCAGACUGACCAAGACAGCAGAGACUGAGCAAGAUGGAGUUAAAGAUCAGGAUCCAUCUGAGAUCCUCGCUCCAUCUGUGUGUUUGUGGAGUGGAGCUGCUGUUUCUCUCUGUCUGCAGGAGAUUCAAUCCAACAUCUCACAACUUAAAGAACUGCAAAACUCAGCAGAUACACAGGAUCAUCAGUCACUGGAUGAAGGUCUGUUUGAGGUGUUAAGUGGAGUGGAUCUCACUCUCAGCUCUCUUACACACACUCUCAUGUUUCAGCCAGCAUCCUUAAACACUGACAUACUAAACCAACUUCAACAGCUACAGGGUUUAUCUGCAGAGCUGACCUCCUUGGGUGCCAUAUUGACCUCCCAGGGGUCAGAGGUCAUAAAGUUGUUAGGUUCGGGUUCAGCAUCAUCAGAGACCUCCACUUGUUUUGACGUGCUGACUCAGCGUGUAUGUGACAUUCAAAAGACUCUCGCUGAGAAACAGGAGCAGCUACAGGAACAAAUGGAACAGACAACUCAGCUGCAGAAGAGAGUGAAAGAUCUGCAUGACUCAGUACUAACUAACUUGUCAACCCUUCACUCAACAACUAACGGAGAAACCCACCAUGACCUUUACACACAGCUGCAGGCCAUCACUGGAUGGAAACAGGAAGCGGAGCACAGUGAAAGAGAGCUGGCAAAACUUAGAGAAGAGACAGAGAGUCAAGAUCAGCCUUCAUCCCUCACACAGCAGAUCAGCACACUGGAGGCAGUCCUGGAAAAUGUUUGGAGUGAUCUAGAGCAGCGCAGUGGAGCUGUGCAGUGGAGUCUAGAUGAGCAGAAGAUGAGUGAAAAAAUACUGAAGGGUCUGCAGAUGCUCCUGACUAUUGGACGAGAGAAACUCGCCUGCACCUCUCAGCUGCAGCUCAGGAAUCCAGCACAGAUACAGACACACCUCAGCAAACACACGGCGUUUUUUCUGUCUUUGGGUGCCCACCUGAGGAGACUGCAGCAAUUGAGUGUGCGGAUGCCAGACAGCGCCUCCUCUGGUUGGGGGACUGAAGUGUCUGAGAUGGAAUGUGAAGUGUCCAGCGUCCUGCAGCAGGCUCAGGCUGUCGGCACAGUACUACACUCAGCACUGCAGGUUUGCACUCAUUGGGAUGAAAAUCAGUCCUGGUUAGAAACACUUCUGGAGAGGUUAGAGACUCAACUUCCCAAAACACCUCUGCAGAACCAAACUGAGGAGCACCUCAGUGAGAAUAUUUCUGUCUUUCAGAGUGUAUUGGGGGUUCUGGAGCAGAACAGAGCCCGGAUCAGUUUGGUUCUGGAUGAGGGCCACAGACAGCAGGAGCAGAUUUCAAGUAGUGAUAUGGGAAUUCCUGUACAUAUAGUGGGAGUGUCUACAGCAAGACUGGAACAGCGAUUGGCUGCACUUCAGAGGAGGGCGGAGCAAGGACUACACUCCACCCUCCAUCUUAAGAAGCUUUGGAACAGGUACCAGAGCGAUUCAGAGGCUCUGAAUGAGUGGAUGGGGCGAGCCAGAGAACGCCUGCAUGCAGGGAGAGAUCACAUGACCACAGCUGAACAGGAAGUGGAUGUCCUUUCCCAUUUUCAGCACUUUACGGAGUUCAUGAAGGAGCUAGAGGUGAAAUCAGCCCUAAAGGCAUCAGUGAUCAGUUCUGGAUCUUUGAUCCUGUUGCUUAGUGAAAAAGAGCAGAACAUUGAGUCAAAGAAGAUCAGAAGUGCUCCAAGAACAACUUCUGGAAAUACAACAACCUCUGAAGACCUACAGCCAAGUGAAACUAGCAACCGCACCUCUGUUGUCUUAGAUAACAACCCUGAAGACUCCUCAGAAACCAAUGUUUCCUCUAUUCAAAACAUCUCCUCUGAAGAAACUCUUUCUACCACAGAAGGAUCAGAUGGAAAGACCACAAAUGAAGGUGUUACCUUUGAGAAACCAACCUCAUCUGCAUUAGAUUUAUCGGUAAAACAAGAGAUGGUUAUGUCCCCAGUUCUCCUGACUCUACAGUCCCAGCUGUCUCAGGUGGAGAAAGACUGGGUGGAGAUACAGACACACAUUCCCGGCGUCCAACAGGGACUGCAUCAGAGUGUGGUGGAGAGCCUGUCUCCUGAAGGACUGCUGGCUGAUGUGUGUGGCUGGAUUACAGGUGCUGAGAGCAGGUUACAGGUGGCUGAACGAGAGGGUCACAACACCUGUACUGCCGCAGAGCUCACACACCUGCUCAGAACAUAUCAGCGAGAGAUGGCAUGUCAGCAGAUGUCUGUUGACUUUAUUAAUCAGUGUGAGCUGAAACGGGUCGGUUUUGACUCUCACACCAGCAGGUACAAACACACUGCAUUUGCUGAAAACCUGGGACACGCCAAUCUGCGCUGGAAAACUUUACAGGCUCACCUGAACACACAGAUCCAACAAGCUGAAGAUCAGAAGAGGAUAUGUGCAGAGCGAGACAACAAACUACAGAUCCUGCAGCGCUGGGUCAAAGGUCAAAAACAAUGGAUGCGAUUGGCUGAAAAACCCAUCAGUCGCUCAUUUGCUGAGAGGAGCCUGAAGGAUUGUGAAGAGCUGGGGGAAAAGUUGAAGUCCAAAUUCUCUGAACUUGCUGAGCUGAGGAUAAGAAAACUUACCACUGACGAAGAAGACAGGGAUAAAGACUUCGCUCACAAUCUUUCACAAUCUUUGACUGACCUCUCUCAACAGAGCACAGUCCUUGGGAAUACCUUGAAAGAGCUGUGUAAGGUGUGGUCUCAGUUUGAAAGUGGGAGGAGUCAGGCAAUUCUAAACACAAUGAGGAUCUGUCAAUCACUAGAGUACUGCCACGCCCCUCUGCCUUCCCUCUCUGCCCUCCAGAACAACAUAGAUAAGCUACAGGUCUUACAAGCAGAGACAGAGGAGACUGACAGCCAGUGGGAGGAUCUUACCAAGACAACGGCAAUUCUUAUUGGUGGAAUUAGCACAGAUUCCGCCCAGAUGUUAUCUGAGCACCUAGAAAAAGAAAAAGCAAGGUGGUCAGAGGUGAAAGAAAAGGUCACACAGGCCUUGCAGAGGUCACACAGUCUUCUGAAGGUGUGGCAGAGAUACUCUGAUGUGAGACGCUCCUGCUCAGAGCAGCUCCAAAAUCACAAAGAGCAGCUCAACAUGCACACCAAAAUACCCACUGACAAUAAACAAUUGGCACACAGCAUUGCAGAGCUGAAGACUGUAUUACAGAAAUGCUCAGAGACUCUACAGACUGAUGAAAUGCUUGAAGUAUCCAAGGAUCUAAUUGAACAGAUGGAUGAUGAGGAUGCUGUUUUCAUCAGAUCAGAAUGCCGUUUGUUAACACGCGGUUACCUGCAAUUGGAACAGACUCUAAGAGGAAGAACUGAACACAUGCAGGAGGAUCUUGAGCAAUUUCAAGAAUUUGAAAGGUUAUUCCAGGCUCUUGAAACACAAUUACAGCAGUGGGAAAGCAAGCAACAGAUGAACAGCGAACUCACAGAUAUAUCUCAGUCAGGGCUGACGGAGGUCAGUUCCCUCUCUCCUGAUCUGGAUCUAAUAAACACACUCAGCUACAGGCUGACCCUCAGUGAACCCAUUACACAGAGGCUGCAGCACCUCAACAGGAAGUGGGCACAGGCCUCUGCACAUGCUCAGGAGAAAUGCAGUGAGUUGCAGGCAGCCUCUCUCCAGCAGCAGAGCUUUGAGCAGAGAUGUGAGAGCUGGCUGGCUUUCCUUCAGCGUAUGGAUGACAGUUUAGCUGUAGAAAUCGCAACAACUUACCCUGGACUGAGAAAACAACAGCGAACUCACCAGUGUUUUGAGGCUGAGCUGUCUUUAGGCCAUCAGAUCCUUCACUCUGUGAUCAGUGAAUCUCUCCUCCUGUUGCAGAAGGGAGAUGUGGAGGACAGGAGUGACUUUCUGUUAAAACUGGCCCAGCUGAGAGAGCACUGGCAGGGAGCGGUGCAGAGAGCAGCUCAACGGCGCGCUCUAGUGGAAGGGCUCAUACAGCACUGGAACACUUAUACACACACAAUGCAGAAACUCCGCAAACUCCUCACACUUGCACACACACUUCUGUCACCUGCCGGUCCCACGCACUGUAGUGUCCUGCAGCUGCGCCUCUUGCUGGAAGAUCUGAAGCGAACAGAGCUGUUGUUUCAAAGGUCAGUCUCUGCAUAUCUGUGUGUGAUGGAGGUAGGCAGGCAGCUGUUUUCAGUGAGUGACACGCAGACGCAGAUGCAGCUACAGACAGACCUUGCAGCCCUGCAGGAGGACUGGGAGCAAUGCCAGUGCAUGCUGGGAAAAAGAAAGACUCUCACAUCUGACAUCAUAAAGAAGUGGGAGACCUGUGAGACCAGACUAGUUGAUCAGGCCCAGUGUCUGGAAGAGGUUCGAGCCAGACUGAAGCACUCGAUCCCAGAGCAGCAGGAGGAGAUGGAAGAGGAAGGCCUCCUUGUAAAGGAGGUUCAGGAUUGUUUAGAGGACUGGGCCGUCAGUCUUUCCGAACUCAGCACCAUGAAGACGGACCUGUCCCAGUACAUCCUCACCGAUGACGUCCUCCUCCUGCAGGAGCAAGUGGACCAUCUGCACUGCCAGUGGGAAGAGCUCUGCCUCAAAGUGUCUCUGCGUAAACAGGAAAUUGCUGAUCGACUGAAUGCCUGGAUCAUUUUCAAUGAGAAGAAUCGGGAGCUGUGUGAAUGGCUGACACAGAUGGAAAACAAGGUAGCGCACAGCGCUGAGCUGAGCAUCGAGGAAAUGGUGGAGAAACUCAAGAAGGACUGUAUGGAGGAGAUCAACCUCUUCAGUGAGAAUAAGACACAUCUGAAACAGCUAGGAGAACAGCUCAUCACUGCUAGCAACAAGACCAAAGAGACAGAAAUCAAUGACAAGAUCAAGGACAUCAACGACCGCUGGCAGCAUCUGUUUGAUCACAUCGAGGCCAGGGUGAGGAAGCUAAAAGGGACGCUGGCGACAGUGCAGCAGCUGGAUAAGAACAUGAGUAAUCUCCGAACCUGGCUUUCCCGUGUUGAGGGUGAGCUGGCCAAACCCAUCAUUUACAGCAUCUGCCACAAUGAUGAGAUACAGCGCAAGCUAGCAGAGCAUCAGGACUUGCAGAGAGACAUCGAACAGCACACAGAGGGUGUGACAUCUGUUUUGACCCUGUGUGAUGUUUUGCUGCAUGAUGCUGAUGCUUGUGGCAGCGAUGGAGAGAACGACUCCAUUCAACAGACCACACUCAGCCUGGACCGCCGCUGGAGGAACAUAUGUGCCAUGUCUAUGGAAAGGAGAAUGAGGAUUGAGGAGACAUGGCGUCUGUGGACCAAGUUCCUGGACGAUUAUGCACGCUUUGAAGACUGGCUGACCACGGCAGAACGUACAGCCGCCAACCCUGCCACCAAAGACGUACUCUACACUUGUGCUAAAGAGGAACUCAAAAAGUUUGAGGCGUUCCAGCGCCAGGUCCAUGAGCGUCUGACACAGCUGGAGCUGGUAAACAAACAAUACCGACGUCUGGCACGAGAGAACCGGACAGAUGGCGCCAGUAAGCUGAAGUUGAUGGUGCACGAAGGAAACCAGCGCUGGGAUACGCUACAGAAAAGAGUGGCUGCUGUGCUCCGCAGGUUAAAGCACUUCACAUCUCAGCGUGAAGACUUUGAAGUAACACGGGAGGGGAUUCUGGUCUGGCUGACUGAAAUGGACCUUCAGCUCACCAAUGUGGAGCAUUUUUCAGAGAGUGAUAUCCACGAAAAGAUGCGUCAACUAAACGCAUUUCAGCAGGAGAUCACUCUAAACACAAAUAAGAUCGAUGCUCUGAUUGUAUUUGGAGAGAACCUAAUCCAGAAGAGUGCUCCGCUGGAUGCCGUACUCAUCGAAGAUGAACUAGAGGAGCUGCACUCUUACUGCCAGGAAGUGUUUGGCAGAGUCGCCCGUUUCCACCACCGUCUUAUCAGCAGGCGCCCGGUGCUUGAGGAGGACAGAGAGUUCUCAGACAGAGACACGGAUCCGGAGGACUCGGUUGAUUUCAGUGGGGUGUGGGAGAGGGAAAGGGAGGAAGACGAGGAGGAAGAAGAGGCUGCGAUGAGCUCUGAUGUUUCUCUGACGGUACGUCAGGCCGUGUCCCAGCUGAUACCACCUGCUCUUGGGCGCUCAGGACGUGAGACGCCUGUCAGUGUGGAUUCUAUCCCGCUGGAGUGGGACCACACCGUCGAUGUGGGAGGAUCUUCAUCUCCAGAGGAUGAUGAGGAGUUGACGUUCUACAGCGCUCUAUCAGAUGUAGAAGUCACUGAGAGCUCUCAGUCGUUUAUUAAAGCUACAUCUAAAGCUCUGAAGGCUGUGUCCGGAGGCCGGUCUAUGGUGGAGACAUGGCACUCUCCUGAAGCGCCAGACAGGACGCGGGUGAACAGAGAGAUCAUACGCAGUCUCACAUCUUCACCCACUGAGACUAGCACUCAGUAUCAUCCACAGGCCUAUGAUAAGCUCAUGUCCGAGUGUGCCGGCAGUAUAGACAGUAUAAAGCGAGUGAAACUGAUUCUGAACGAGGAAGAACAACUGGACGAUCAGGGUUUGAUGGUCUUCUCUGCAACAGAUAAGCCAGGUGUGAUCGAGCGAUGGGAGCUCCUGCAGGUGCAGUCGUCCAGCGUGCCGCAGGAUCUUCAACAGUGGCACAAACUCAACUCUGACCUUACUGAUGUCAUGGCAUGGCUGAACGCUGUGAUGCCUCAGCUAGAGAAACUUCAGACUCUAAAGCCAAAAAUCACCAUCAGAGAUAUGGAAAACAACAUCCACAAACUAAAGGACAUGCAGAGGGCUUUUAAUGGGUACAAAUCGGUGAUGAUUGGUGUUAAUCUCAAUGGGCGUGGCUUCAAGCACGGAGACAGCACUGAACUACGAGAGCUGCGCGAGAAUCUGCUGUCGGCCAAUCAAAAAUGGGCACAGGCCUGUGCGGCCCUGGACAGCUGGGAACACAGACUGCAUCAAGCACUCAUGGAGUGUCAGGAGUUUCACGAGACUCUUCACUCUCUGCUGCUGUGGUUAGCUAAAGCAGAAAGUCAGCGCUACAUGGUCAACAUCCAUGACCAAAACAUAGACCUCAACAUCCUGCAAGAGCAUCGAGACACACUCAAGGCUGUUCAGCAGGACUUACAGUCUCGUGAGAGGGAGGUGUACUGCCUGCAGGAGAUCUCCUCACAGAUCCUCCUACAGGACCAGGGUGAAGACACCCUGGAGGCCAAAGAGAAGGUUCACGUCAUCAGCAACAAGUUACGACUGCUGAUGAGACAGAUUGCACACGACCUGCACACGCUGCAAAGCAGACUGGACUCAUCAGGUCCAAAUGUGGGCAGGACAGCACCAACACAACAGCAGGAAGCUGCAGGAGUUCAGGCUGUUACACAGGGAUCUCCCGCGAGUGUCAGGGCUGACAAGUCUGAUUCGUUGCCAGCGAGACCGUUCCUGUAUCGUGUCCUACGAGCAGCUUUUCCCCUCCACAUCCUCUUUCUGCUCCUGCUGGUCGUGGCGUGUCUGGUGCCUCUUUCAGAGGACGACUACAGCUGCACUCUCUCCAACAACUUUGCCCGAUCCUUUUACCCUAUGCUCCUCUACACCAACGGCCCCCCACCCACAUGAAAACAACCACACGUACCCAUCACUAACACAUGGCCACAGCUGAAUCAGUAGAGGAAAAGGAAUGUAGUCCAAGCCUCUCGGUUAACUCUCCUGUAGCAGUUCCUGUAGCUCUGUUUGAUCUGAGUGAAAGCCCUUGUGUUUCACUAGAUUAUCCUGCAACAAUCAAAUGUUGUUCUUGGAUCCGAGGUCUUUUGCCCAUGGAGAGGGAUUUUUAUGAAGCAAUCUGAAAGCUUUUCUCAUGAUGUAUAUUUGUAUUUUUAGAGAACGGCAAGGAUUCCUCAUCAAAGGUGCACUCAUUUUCUAACUGUAUAGUAUGUAGCAGCGCAUUCAUUGAAACAUUGAAAUACUCCUACACACAAAUGUAUUUAUUUUUGAAAUAUAAAUGACAUAACUGAAUCUAUAUCUCACUCGUAGGCUUUGGGUCAGCCUGUAUUUUUUAACUAGUAGCCCUGUUUAUAUGAAGGGACUUGCUUGAAUAUCAGUUUUGUUCAUGCAUUUCUAGAAGUCGAUGUGAAAUGACUUGCAAUGAUGAAUAUAUUUUAUCUGUAGCUCUCUUAGCUGCCAUUUUCUUGGUCAAAGCCAUGGAGAAGAGACACAGAGAGGCAUCAGGGUGUGUGCAAAUGUCUUUUAUGUUUAUUUAUUCAGCCGAAGGUUUAGUGGCUGCAUUGUUUUCAAGUGAGUGUGAAUAAUGUAAAACUACUGAAAUAAUUUAAUUAUAAUCGGUAAAUAAUCUCAGUGGAGAUAUAAAUUAUAUCUGAUAAUGUUUUAUAGUUUAUAGCUAGAAUUUUUCUGGCAGGAAAAUUGUUUGUGUCUGGUGUUUUUUGCUGAAUGGUUAAGGCGUCUCAUAGAAACACAUUUCAAAAGUACCCACAUGAUUUUAUGUGGCUUUCUUUUUUUUUUUUAAUCCUACACAAAGUCAGUUCUGAUGAUAGUAGAAAUAUGGUGAAAAGGCUAUUAGUCCUUCUUUCACUCAUACUAACUGCCAAAGUGUCAGACUUUGUUUUAUAAUUGAUGGUUACUAAAAGAGUGCUGUUAGUCCUGUUGUUUGUUUGAUGUUUUAAUUGAUUUGUAGUAUGGAUUACAUUAUGGGUCAACUGAAAUAGACUGAUAUAAAUAUCCAUUAAUCACAGAAAAAAAAAAAAAAGAUCACUUUAUUCAUUUAUUUUGCAGCAAACCUUGCACUGCCAAUGUCAAACAAUGGUUGAUAAGAAUAUAAAGUUAGAAGUGAUGUUUUGUGUUUUUUGAGUUUGAAGUCAAUUUCCUACAAAUAAACAUCAUGUACAAAUA